UAACGACACAAACAACAACCAGCAACAUCGUAUUUACAAAGCGAGGGCUCAACUAAGAAGUGGUCUUUGAUCCAGACUGGAUCGUCAAAUGAAGACGAGGGUGAUAAUGAGAAACCUUGCAGGGAAGUAUCUAGGGAGCCAGAGCGGCAAGACGAAAACAGAUAGAAGACUUCUUUACUGAUCCCGUAGCGUUGAAAGUACUUCGGACACAGACAUGCUGAUAAGACGAAGUCUCCAGCGGUUGUCAGUGGUGUUUCAGCAUGUUAAAAUGACUUCAUCGUACAACUUUAGUACAUCAGCACCAGAUGAUGUGAUAUUAGAGACAAUCGACACUAAGGGGGUGAUAACUCUCAACAGACCAAAAGUUCUGAAUUCGUUGAACCUUUCCAUGAUCAGGAAGAUUCACCCACAAUUAACAGCAUGGGAGAAUGAACCUCUCACAACAAUGGUGAUUAUUAAAGGAGCCGGGGAUAAGGCAUUUUGUGCUGGGGGUGAUAUCAGAGCUGUUACGGAGGCAGGGAAAGUUGGUGACAGACUGUCUCAAGAUUUCUUUAAAGAGGAAUACAUGCUUAAUAACAAAAUUGGCACAUAUGAAAUCCCAUACGUUGCACUGAUAGAUGGUAUAACUAUGGGAGGGGGUGUUGGGUUAUCAGUGCAUGGAAUGUUCAGGGUUGCUACAGAGAGAACAUUGUUUGCAAUGCCAGAGACAGCCAUAGGUCUGUUUCCUGACGUUGGAGGAGGGUACUUCUUGCCGCGACUAGGAGGCAAACUGGGGAUUUACUUGGCCCUCAGUGGAUUCAGACUAAAAGGCAGAGAUGUGCUGAAAGCUGGGGUGGCUACUCAUUUUGUACAGUCAGAUAAAUUAGCAGACUUAGAAAAAUCCCUGUUAGCAAUGGAAAAUGCACGUGCUCAUGAUAUAGGGGAAGUCUUGGACAAGUACCAAAGCAUGAGCACAGACAUACCGGAUACAGAUUUUGUGUUGGAGCCCCAUAUAGAGGAGAUUGACAGGCUGUUCAACGGCGACACAGUUGAAGAAAUCGUACACAAUUUGAAAAUGGAGGGAUCAGAAUGGGCCAGGAAACAGCUGGAUACACUCAGCAAAAUGUCCCCUACAUCAAUGAAAAUAACCCUGCGACAGAUUCUUGAGGCAGAGACGAUGACCUUGCAGGAUGUUCUUGUCAUGGAAUACCGACUUAGUCAGCACUGUGUAGAGGACCACGACUUUUACGAGGGUGUUAGAGCACUUCUAGUAGAUAAAGAUCAGAGUCCAAAGUGGAAUCCAGCGACUUUAGAAAAAGUGACCCCACAGAAAGUGGACUGGUACUUCUCACCUUUACCAGAAGAGAGGGAAUUAAAAUUAUAAUAAUAAAUUAUGAGAAUAUUUAAAUGAGAAUCAAAACUCUCUAAUAAAAGCCAUGUGAACUCAGGUGCUCUUUAUAUAGUGUACGAUGUAUUUCAAAUGUGAGAAGUUGGAAUUUCACUCACAACGAAAUGCAACAUUUUUAACCUUUUAACCUUUAUACAUGACUUGUACACUUUUGAUUUAAAGUAAUUUAGUUAAUUGUUUUGGUUUAUUGGUUGUCAAUUUAAAAAAAAAACAUUAUAUGUUAUUUGAUUAUUUGAGAUAUUGUUUUCUUUUAUAUGUCCCUAAGUAUUAAAUAAAGUCAAUUAUUUAAACAUUAAUUAAAAUAGAAAAUGGCAUACAAGUAUUAAUGAUGUUUAUUUACAACAUGUUUGAUUUUAAUGACAAAAUAUUAUACAUGUAUGAUGUAAAUGAAGGAUUGUUUCAAUGUUCAUACAUGUACAUGCAGUAUUUGUCAAUAUGUGUUACUGAAUGAGUAAUGAAUACAAAAUUUCAAAAAAGCAAUGUCUUUUCAUUUAUCAACAGGGAUUAAGGUGAUAUGCAAUUUAUCUGUAUAUUGUACGAUUUGUGUUUAAGUCUUUGACAAGAAGAGAUUUGUUUAA